GGCGGGCUCGAACGAGAGCGACUUCCGAUUGCUGAAGAGGGCCCAAGCGGGGUUUGCGCUUUUCUCAGCCCCACCCCCAGAGCACAAUGCCUGUCCAACCGCUGCCCAAGGAGACAGAGGCAGAAGGAGAUUCGGCUGCCGAGAUGAAUGGCGAAGAAGAAAGCGAGGAUGAACACAGUGCCAGCCAGUCCGAGUCGGAAGAGGAGAGUUCAGAGAUGGAUGAAGAGGAUUAUGAACGCCGCCGUUCGGAGUGCCUUGAUGAGAUGUCGGACUUGGAGAAGCAGUUUUCUGAACUCAAAGAGACGCUUUUCAAGGAGCGCCUGAAUCAGGUGAAGGCCAAGCUGGAGGACGUGAUGGCAGGGAAAGCUGCGGAAUAUCUGGAUCCCCUGGGGGUGCUGCAGAAGCACAUGCAGAUCCGCAUCGAAGUGGCAGGAAUCUACCGAGGCUUCUGCCUGGACAUCAUCAACCACAAACACCGAUGCGAACUGCAGGGAGCCCGGCAACACCUAGAGAGCGAGAAGCUGCUCCUUUUCGACACGCUUCAGGAACGCCUUUUGGAGCGGAUCCAGCGCUUGGAGGACGACCGGCACAGCGUGGGCCUCACUUCGGAGUGGUGGGACGACAAGCUUCGCCCAAAGCACAAUGCAAAGGACUGGGACCCUUUCCGGCCCGGAAAGAGGAAGAAGCCGCCACUGGUGUCCGGCCCGUAUAUUGUCUACAUGUUACAUGAGAUUGAUAUCAUGGAGGAUUGGACGGCCAUCAAAAAGGCAAAAGCUGCCAUGUCCCCGCCGAAGAGGAAACUCGAAGGACCGGUGAAGGCCGAGAAGGUGCCGUCCCCAGCCCUGUUCUCUGCGCACUGUGAAGACGGCUGCCUGCAUUACGAAGGCGAGACUUACGUCAAAGGGCAGAGCAUCUCCUUGCAAGUGGGGGACGAGCCCCCCAUCCAGGCCGUCGUCACGGCCGUCAGCACCGGCGAAGUUUGGCUCCGCAAGGACGACGGCAGCAAAACCAAACUCUACGUGUCCCAGCUGCAGAAGGGCAAGUAUUCCGUCCACAAAGUCUAGCGUUCCCCCGCGGCAGGGCCACGGACUUCGGCUGCCUCGCUUCUCCUGGAUCCAGCACGGCCUGCCUUUUGGAGCCCGAUCCUGCGGAUGCCUUCCCCUGCAGAGGUCGGGGGAGGAACGGAGACACACCUCCCGAGCCGGGCAGCCCUCGGCCCUCUUUGCCGCAGCUGGUGGAUUGGACCCCGGUGUAGAAACAGCCCCCGCCCCACCUCCAGUUUCUGGAAGAGCUCAAAUAAAAUCACCAAGCGAAUUCUUCCCCCCA